AUGUCCCAGUUUUCUGGACGGGACACAAAAUCACCCUCGCCCAACUCGUCGCCCCCGCGCAACGACUCUCCCUUCUCCAACCCAGACGCCAACAACGGCAACACAAACUUCAACCCUAAAGGUGCCUUCGCCGGCAAACCAGGCGCACCGCCUCCCGUCACCAUACCAGGCUCCGAGUCCGCACCCUACCCCCAGCCGAACCCUGCCUACGCCCAAAACUACAACCACCACCGCCCCGCAACGCCCACAUCGCCUGCCCGCUCCGAUUAUGCAUCAUCGCCUGCCAACGCCUCACCCUUAAAUACCGGAACCCCAGCACGCGGCCACAAGCGCAACAGUUCUCGCCCGCUGUCCAUGGUCCAGACCUACCAACCGGUGGUCAUGGAUGUCAACGAAGACACCAUCCCGGAGCUGCAGCCCAUCUUCACCUUCCUCAACAGCCACGCCAACAAGCUGUACCAGGAGGGCUACUUCCUGAAACUUCGAUGA